AUGGAAGGUGCUCCAGACUAUGAUGAAGACCAAGUACAGGCGGACGCUGUGGAACCGGAACCGAGUGUUGAUACUUUAAAUGAAGAUUCGUUUGGUAGUAAGUACCACACAAGUGCUUCACGAAAGCAAGCCAAUCGGUUGAAUGGUUUGAUCAGCAAGGCCAACUUUGUCUCACGUCGUGUGGCUCGUUCUGCGGCUUGGAGACGGCAUUUCUCAAGAGUAGCGAAAGGUAUGAAUUUGAAGGUUUUACCUUUGACUCCCGGUUACAACGCGACUCGGUGGAAUGCGGAGUUUGAUUCUCUUGACAGAUUGGUCAAGGCACGUAAAAUUGUCAACAAACUGUUAGCCGAUGACCUCGCCCUUCUCAAGUCUAAAAAAAGACGAAAGGGCAGCCAAAAGCCACGAGGCUACUUUCACGAGAUAUUUUUUACACCCAAUGACUGGAAUUCACUUGAAGCUUUGACGAAUGAACUCUCGCACACAGAAAGAACCGCGACGUUAGAAUCAGCCUCUUCGAAUCUUAAAUCGUCCGACAAUGUCUUCCAACUUUUCAAGGCUCAAGGUCCCGAGGUGGAGUCAAACGAAGUAGCUGCUUACAUCAAGGGAACUCACCCAAUGUCUUCCAAAGACAAUGCGCGUGAAACCAAAGCGGUCUUGUCAUGGUGGAAGGCAAUCUAA